GUACCCUCAAAAGCUGCUUUUCAUCCCUCGCCUUCUUCCUAACUCGAUCGGUCUUGGUCUUACCAGACAAGAAGAAGAAGAAGAAAGUGAAAGGAGUGUUUGAUUUUUGGACGACUGACUGAGUCAGCAGUCUUCCUUUGUCAUUUUCCUCGUCUCAAUUGACUUCAAAUAAAUUAAAAAAAAGUCCUCCUCACUUCUUUUUUUCCUGCCUGCCUUCCUUUGCUCUCUGCAAUUGGCUCUACCUGCAAACCUCCUCUGCUUCAUUUUCUAUGGCACUCGUCUGCUUCUGGGUUUCCUUCUUCCUCUGUUCUGGACUCUCCUUUCUCGCCUUCUCCAACCCGGAUGGUUUCCUGAGCUUGUCCUGCGGCGGGACGGCCGAUUUCGUGGACUCCUCAGCCAUCCCAUGGGUCUCCGACGGCGAUUACAUAGCCACGGGCAACACGACUUCCGUCGAAUACCUGGAGGGCACUUCUUCGUCCAGCGUCCCGCUCCGUUUCUUCCCCAAUUCCGGCGGCAGGAAAUGCUACCGACUGCCUCUGGCCAACAAUGUCUCGUCCUCGGUGGUUCUUCUCAGAGCUCAAUUCGUGUACAAGAACUAUGACGGGCUGGGGAAGCCCCCUGCGUUCUCUGUUUCGCUGGGUACGGCGAUCACUUCGUCUGUGAACCUCACGGCUAGUGAUCCAUGGAGUGAGGAGUUCGUUUGGCCUGUUGGCAAGGAGACGGCUACUUUCUGCUUGCUUCCGAUCCCGGGCGCCGGAGAUCCGGUGAUUUCGUCCGUCGAGGUCCGGCCGCUUCCCCGGGGAGCUUACCAGGGUGGCGUCGGAGAUUUCCCCUUUAAGUCGCUCCGGAAGGCUUAUCGGAUCAAUAGUGGCUACACCAAUGGAUCCCUCAGAUACCCGGUGGAUCCAUACGACCGGAUAUGGGAUGCUGAUGAGAACUACAACCCUUUCCAUGUCUCUUCCGGAUUCAAUGUCUUCCUAGGCCUCAACACUUCCACCGUUGCAGAGGACCCUCCAGUUUCUGUUCUUCAAACUGCUAGAGUUCUGGCGAGGAGCGAUGUCCUAACUUACAACCUCCCACUGGGUGUCCCAGCAGACUACUACAUUGUCCUCUAUUUUGCUGGCAUACUUCCAGUCUCACCAGCAUUCGAUGUUGUGGUCAAUGGAGACAUGGUGGAACUGGACUAUUCGGUGCAGAUGGGGGAAGCAUAUGCUCUCUACUUGACCCGCAAGGCAAUCGAUAACCUGAAUCUCACUCUGAGAGGCACCAGGUUUUAUCCACAGAUCAAUGGGAUUGAAGUUUACCAGAUUGUUGACAUUCCAUUGGAAGCUUCCUCAACAACAGUUUCAGCGCUUCAGGUUAUUCAGCAGGCGACUGGAUUGGAGCUGGGUUGGGAGGAUGAUCCUUGCUCUCCGUCGGAAUGGGUUCAUGUUGGAUGUGAAGGAAGCCUGGUUACUUCAUUGGAGCUUUCAGAUGUCAAUUUAAGGGCAAUCAGUCCUACUUUUGGAGACCUGCUGGAUCUCAAGACAUUAGAUUUACACAACACUUCACUUGCUGGGGAGAUACAGAACUUGGGAAGCCUCCAACAGCUUGAGACACUGAACCUCAGCUUCAAUCAGCUGACAUCCUUUGGAGGUGAACUGGGGAAAUUGGUCGGCCUUCAAGUUCUGGACCUGCAGAAUAACAGCUUAGAGGGAGUGGUGCCUGACAGAUUAGGAGAGCUGGAGAACCUUCACCUUCUGAACCUAGAAAACAACAAGCUACAAGGCACACUGCCAGAGUCUCUCAACAAAGAAAGCUUGGAAGUCAAGGCAUCAGGAAAUAUUUGUGUUUCUUUCUCCGCUAUGACCUGCAACGAUGCUUCCUCGAAUCCUUCCAUCGAGACUCCACAAGUCACAAUCUUUGCCAAGAAGAAUCCUGAGAACAGAAACCAUUUGGCGAUCAUAGUAGGUGCAGCUGGAGGCUCAUUACUUGCUCUCCUUGUCAUUUCCGUAGCACUACUCUUCUACACAAGAAAAGAUAGAACAGAAGUCCCAUUUGAGCAGAGAGAUGGAAUAGAUAUGAUUCACAUGAAGAGCUGGAAUUCAGCUAGAGUCUUUUCAUACAAAGAAAUCAAGUCUGCAACAAACAACUUUAAGCAAGUCAUCGGCCGGGGGAGCUUUGGUUCAGUGUACCAUGGGAAGCUUGUUGAUGGGAAACUGGUAGCAGUGAAAGUCAGAUUUGACAGGAGUCAACUUGGAGCUGAGUCUUUCAUCAAUGAGGUCCAUCUGCUGUCACGGAUUCGCCAUCAGAAUCUAGUGUGUCUAGAAGGAUUCUGUUAUGAAUCAAAGCAGCAGAUCCUUGUAUACGAGUAUCUACCUGGGGGGUCUCUAGCUGACUACCUUUAUGGUAUGUAUAAUGCAAAAGUCUCCUUAAGUUGGAUUCGCAGGCUGAAAAUUGCUGUUGAUGCUGCAAAAGGAUUGGAGUAUCUGCACAAUGGCAGUGAUCCACGUAUCAUCCACCGUGAUGUGAAGUGCAGCAACAUACUUUUGGACAAAGACAUGAAUGCAAGGGUUUGUGACUUUGGUCUUUCCAAGCAACUUGUGCAGUCUGAUGCAAGUCAUGUGACUACUGUAGUCAAGGGAACUGCGGGCUACCUUGAUCCUGAGUACUACUCCACCCAACAGCUCACAGAGAAAAGUGAUGUCUACAGCUUUGGAGUUGUGCUUCUGGAACUGAUCUGCGGGCGAGAGCCAUUGUGCCAUACCGGGACUCCAGAUUCCUUCAAUCUAGUUUUAUGGGCCAAGCCAUACUUGCAAGCUGGAGCAUUGGAGAUAGUGGAUGAUAAUUUGAAGGGAACUUUUGAUGGGGAGAGUAUGAGAAAGGCAUCCAUGGUUGCUGUAAGGUGUGUGGACAGAGAUGCAUCAGAGAGACCAACUAUUGCUCAAGUACUGGCUGAGCUGAAAGAAGCCUACAGCAUCCAACUCGCUUAUCUGGCUUCCUGUGACUUGUAAGAUGUAAUUCUGUUUCUCAACUGAAAGGUACAAAAAGUGAAACCUAUGUAUUCAAUUUAUUCUUCAACUUAAUCUGGCCUUCUGCUGUAUGAUGUUUUUGUAAAGAAGGCAUGAUGCCUUCGGUAGAGAGUAGAAAUUAAGGAAAGAUAAUUAAGUUAUUUCAGCAGGAGCAUGUCCUACGCAUCUUUCUUUGUACUUCUUAAGCUAACUGGCAAGAUUAAGAGCAUGUCUUCUCUAAUCCUUACACAAAAAGCAUGUUACCUAAC